AUGACUACAACUGAUUAUAAGGUUUUAUCUGAACUACCUCCUAUUUCUAAGGAAAGCGUUGAUAAAUGUUCGUAUUCUAGUUGGUACACCACUUUUGAAAAAUAUACACCCAAAUCGCAUAUAAUUAAACCAUUACCUGAAAAGUUUAUAGAAUAUAUUAAACAAGAUGGGAUUUAUUUACCUACCAAUGGGAAAGAUAGUGAGAAAGAAAGAAGUGUAAAUGGCAAAACAGAUAGCGACAGUGAUAUCUGUUGGGAAAACUCAUGUAUGGAAUUAGCCUCGGAUGAUGGUAGUGAUAAGGAAGAGCAUCCAGUUACUCAAAGAAUUGAUCCAUUAGUGGAUUUUCCUGAAUUUCAUCUAUUAUUGGAAAAUAAAUUUCUUGAAAUCAACGGACCAAUAUCGCCUAAAUUAAAUUGGUCUUCUCCAAAAGAUGCCGCUUGGAUUUUACCAUAUAAUAACACAAUGCUUUGCAGAGAGGUAAAUGAUCUAUAUCUACUAUUAAAUGCUUCCAAUUAUACAAUGCAUGACAUAUUAACUCCCUACGAGGAUGUCCCUGAUCGUGAAGACGAGGAAGGUAAUUGUUAUGAAUUGGUUCUUAGGGAAUGGGAAGAUAUUAAUCCGGCUUUGGAAUUUCGUGUUUUCAUUGCCUGUGAAAGUAGGCAGAUCUUAGGUAUCUCACAAAGAGAUAUGAAAACAAACUAUCAAUUUUUAGAAAAUUUGAAGACUGGAAUACAAGAAAAAAUCGAGGAAUUUGUAGAAACUGUUUUUUUAAAAAAAGACUUGUUUCAAAAUGAAAAAGGUGUUGUGAUCGAUGUAUAUGUGCCACGUCCCUUCAACAAAAUUUGGUUGAUCGAUGUUAAUGCCUUUAGUAGGUCUACUGAUCCUUUGUUAUUUAGUUGGAAUGAACUAAUAACUAAAUUGGGAAAUGGUAAAAGCCCAAAAGCAUCUGUGAGCGAUUUUGAUGUCGAAUUUAGACUAGUUUCCAAAACUGCCGUUGGCCAUAGAGACCAUACAGAAAACCAAAUGCCGAUUGAUAUCGUUCAAGCUAGUAUAGAUCCUGAAAGUUUAAGGGAAUUGACGUAUCAGUGGAACGAGGCUUUGAAAUUACAAGAGAAAGAGGAUAAAGAAACUAGAGAUUCUUAA